UAGAGUAGUAGUGUAAGCGGUGCUGCGGUGACGUAGAAGGCAGCGACAAAGAUGCUAGAUGCGUGAAAGAAAAUAGGUCGCGUUUUCCAUCAGCGCAUGUGUGUACGUAUACGUUCCAUUAACAAGGUCCAAGUUAGGGACGCUGCAAGCCAAGGUCAAGACAGAGAAAGAAGUUGGAUAAUCUGAUAAAACCAGUCAUGUGGACAAGAGGAAUCUGUUUGCUGUUGCUAGCCAUUUUCGGUAGCUGCCAUGCAGCACAAGAAGUUGCGAAUUUUCAGAAUACCGCCUCAUGUGGCAAGACAUAUCACCUGGACACCAAUGCGUCUGUCAAGGUCGUGAGAAAUGACGAGACAUCCGGGUUUUGUGGUUUCCUGUUCCACGCCAUGACAGACGACAUGUACACGUGCCCAGAGGUGUGCGUGAAGGUUGAAGAGAGGUCAAUCAGCGAUUGUCACGCGAGGUUGACAUUGAACGGGAUCAAGUUCGUCACGGAAGAAGACGCACCAAAAGAGAUGACCUGUUUUGAGCGCCUACCAGACGAGAUGUGUUUCGACAGCAGUACUGUGAGAGUGGAGUUCAUUCGGGACCUAAAGUACCCUCAUGCCAAGCUCAAUAUCAGCAUGGUUGUCACUGCUAAGUGCCUCACCACAGCAGAGGCCAAACGGAAAUUCGCAGAAAAUGAAGCAGUGACCCGAAAGAGACACGGGGAGGAGUCGUACACCAGCAUGGUGAAGGGUAUUGUGACCGGUGUGUGUCUCUGCUCCAUCUUUCUUUUGGUUCUCCUCCUCACGUGGUGCUACUACCAGAAUAGCUCAAACAGGGGUAAGCGGUACGAUUACCCCUCCGCAAAAAUCAGCAAACGAUCGACAUUUGCUGGGUUCAAGGCAAGAAUGAACUUCAGAAAUAGUGGAAACUCUGCAUCGAAGUCGGAAGAAGUACCCAACGAGAGGUACACGGUGACAAACGAGACCAAAGCCAAGCAAGGUGAAGACCUCCCUCUCAUAAACACCAACAAGGAAGCAGAAGAGAAGGAAGCUUGCGAUGAUGCAACGGAGAACGCGUGUGCAAAGGACGAGCCGUGUUGUGAUCCAGAAAAGGCGGAGCCCUGCGAGCCGAGUGCACCGGAAGCAUACUCCGCACCCGCACCAGCGCCGGAAGUAGAUUAUGCACCUGCUACCUUAGAAACAACAUGUACAGAUAUAAGUUCAGGAGGCGAUGGAGGUGGCGAUGCUGGAUGUGGGGGUGGUGAUGACUAGGUAUUGAAUCCGUUAGAUAAUCUGUUUGUCAAACUUAAUGCAGUAAAUAUGUAAUAUACAAGGAGGAAAUUUAAAACCAAGCAUUAAGUUCGAAACUAAUUCACUAGUUUGAUUAACUUUACUCCUACCUUGACAAACCUUUAAAUACUUGGUAUAUUCCAAGUUUUAAGUCAUAACAAUAUCGAUGAAUGCUACAUUUGUAUGCCACGCUACCUGACUUACAAUAGUGGUUUAUAUAAUGUGUGAUGUAGAAAUUAUCAUUAAGCAACACUUGCAAGUAAUGUGUUUUUUCUGUUGCAACUGAUUUCAACGAAAUGUGAUUACUUGUAGAUAUGUAUAACAUUAGCCAAUUUCAUCAUUAUAAUAUUUCUAUUAACAAGUUUGUAUUUUUAAAACACCAAAGUGUAUGCUGAAAAGGAGAAUUAAACACUCGUGUGUAGAUAACAAUUUUAUUUGUGCAAUGCAAUUGGAGAUUAUGUAUGAAAGAGUGUAUGAAUGAGUUUCUGAUAGUGAGAAAAUAUAUUUUUAGUUGGUGUUUGGGUUUGGCCAGUUUGCGUCUUUUCAUAAAUAGUUUUAUUAAUUAUUGGAUGCAUGAAGAUGAAUGAAGUAUAUCUUUUUUCUAUUUUCAACAAAAAAUAUAAGAAAGUGAAUUUUCAUUUUUAAACUAUUUUCGAAAAAGAAGCUGAACAGUAGAUAUUUUUUUAUUUCAUUAAGAAUAUAGGCUUUUUAAUAUUUCUUAUUUUUGUAACAAAUAUCAAGGUAUUCCCGAUAGGAAAAGCCGCAACCCCCAGACUCUGUUUAGCUGAAAUGAGUAAAGGGGGAUAACUGCAGUUAUCUCUCGACCAACUAUUCAGAAAUAGCUCCAAUAGGCCACUCGUUCAGAACGGGCAAGUAUAGGACGGAAUAUAUUUGUGUUGUCGGUGAGAAAUUGGACGCAUGAUAUUUUUCAAUGAGUUUUACAAAUGUAUCAGAAGAUUGUAUUUUUCUGUAUAUAUUUCUGUGGUUUUAAAGGAUAUCUUCUCCACGUUCCCACGGCAACUAAUCUGUGAAUAUUUGUAACUAGACGCAUUUUUGUACGCAACUUAAGAUAUAGUCCUUAUUGUGGUCGAUCCUAUAAAUGUUUUGUUUAAGAAAAAAA